AUGACGGACUACGCCUAUCCUCAAUCUCCCACGGCCUUACAAGACGGCCGCAUGGGUUCCAUGGCCGCUGCUCUCAGAAUGAAACUGGAAAACCUUCCACAACUGAACAUCCAGAACCUGGACCUUCACCAUGCACAACACAAACGACAGUCCUUAGAAUUGAAUUCUGCCUCCUCUUCUCGAUCCGCCCACUCCUUCAGCUCUCGACAAUCAGACGACACCGAUGCCACAGACCUAACCGUGACCCCCAACCGGUCUCGCGCGAGUACGUUUGACGGUGCCGAAAGAAUCUCAUCCCCUCUUGUCCAGACCGUCCAAUGCAAGCCUCCAUUACGGGUGGUACUGGGCACAGCCUCAAUGGGCUCGCGCCUGUCGCCGCUGGCAAAGAUCACCACGGUCGAAGACGCCAAUAAAUUUGUCAACCUCUUCCGCGCAAGAGGAUAUGCCGACAUUGACACUGCCCGAGCAUAUCCAGUAGGGCGGGGCGGCACCUGCGAGAAACUCUUGGGAGAGGAUGCCCUUCGACUGUCCAAGUGGGCCAAUGUGUCGACCAAGGUGUCCAGUUUCAUGCCUGGCUCUCACCGAGCGAAAAAUAUUGCCAUGAGCAUCGACAGAUCGCUGGAAGCACUCAACAUGGACACCGUCGACGUCAUGUACCUACAUGCCCCAGACAGUUGCACCCCGUUCCAGGAAACGUGCGAGGCCCUCAAUAAGGCCUAUCUCGAAGGAAAGUUUGAACGAUUCGGUCUUUCCAACUAUUCGGUGGAGGAGGUUGAGGAGAUUGUCCGGAUCUGUGAGGAGAAUGGCUAUGUCAAACCAUCGGUCUACCAAGGCCAAUACAACCCCAUCUGCCGCGGAGGCGAAGAACGUCUCUUUGCCGUACUUCGCGAACACAACAUCGCCUUCUACGCGUACAGCCCCUCGGCCUGUGGCUUCUUCUCCAACAAGGUAUCACGUGCAUCCACCAGGGACAAAGACAGCCGCUGGAACAUUGACUCUCCUUUGGGCGCCAAAUACGCUGGCGACUACUUCCAUGAUCCUCUCUUUGCGGCCGCCGAGGUUGUCCGCGAACAAGCAAGGAAAUUCGGUAUCUCUGGUCAUGCUGCCGCUCUUCGCUGGACGACUUGGCACUCUCAACUUGGUGCUGAAUAUGGCGACGCUGUCAUUGUGGGUGCCUCCAAACUCUCUCAACUCAAGGAAAACUUGAACAUCCUCGAACAAGGGCCUCUUCCUGAGCCUCUUGUACAAACCUUGAAUGAAGUCUGGGAGGAUGUUAAAACAUUUAAAAAAGGCCCUCGGUUUUCCUUUCUCUAA